UUGAUUCAUUAAUGGGAUAUCAAAUCCUUUUGAUUUGUGUUCUUGCUUUCAUCCCAACCAUUUUGGGUCGGGACACAAUCAUUUUGGGUCAUGACACAACAAUGGGUACAAUUGUGAUUGAUGGAACCAAAACGAUAGCAGAAACAGAUGAAAAUUUCGUUUGCUUAACUUUAGACAUUUGGCCUCACGAUGAGUGUCGUUGGUCCAAACUUUGUGUUUGGGAUGGUCAUGCAUCGAUGCUCAAUUUGGAUUUAACUCUUCCUAUCCUUAACAAAGCAGUUCAAGCUUUCAAGUCGGUAAGGAUUAGAGUGGGAGGUACUUUGCAAGACAAAUUGAUCUAUAACGUCGGGACUGGCUUCAAGGGAACCUGUCACCCAUUUCAAGCAACCGUAGGUUCGCUAUUUGACUUCUCAGCGGGAUGUUUGUAUAUGGAAAGGUGGGAUGAUUUGAACAACUUUUUCAAUAAUACCGGGGCGAUUGUGACGUUUGGCUUAAAUGCUCUCUUGGGUAAACACAAUACAAAAGGAAUUCAAUGGGAAGGAAAAUGGAAUUAUAGCAAUGCUGAGGCUCUUAUUCAAUACACCGUAGAGAAGAAUUAUAGAAUAAAUUCAUGGGAGUUUGGCAAUGAAUUGGCUGGACGUCUUAGUAUUGGUGCAAGUAUUACUGCAGCACAAUAUGCAGAAGACCUUCUCAAGCUUCGAGAAAUCAUAGAUCGUUUGUACAAUAACUCCCAACAAAAACCUUUGAUUGUAGCACCAGGUGCAUUCUUUGAUGAGGCAUGGUAUGAUGAAUUUGUUAGAAAAACUGGACCAAAAGUUGUCGAUGUUCUCACUCAUCAUAUAUACAACAUGGGUGCAGGUAAUGACCCCAAAUUGAUUUACAGAUUCGUUAAUUCUACGUAUCUUUCUCAAGUAUCAAAUACAUUUGAACAACUCGAAAAUGUAAUUCAAAAGAACGCCCCUUGGGCUGCGGCUUGGGUGGGAGAAGCGGGUGGAGCCUAUCAGGGUGGAAGUCCUCAUCUUUCCGAUACAUUUAUCAAUAGUUUUUGGUAUUUGGAUCAGCUUGGGAUGGCUUCUUUGUACAAUACGAAAGUAUAUUGUAGGCAGACUUUGAUCGGUGGAUUCUAUGGCGUCCUUAAAUCCUCAACUUUACUUCCUACACCAGAUUACUAUGGUGCACUUCUCUUUCACCGGCUUAUGGGGCCGGGAGUUCUCAAAAUUAACAAUAAGGUGUCUUCUGACCUUCGUAGCUAUGCUCAUUGCUCAAGAGGAAGAUCUGGUGUGACCUUGCUUCUCAUCAAUUUGAGCAAUACAACUAACUUUUUAAUCACCGUUCAAAAUGACAUGAACAUGAGUUUGCGUAAAAGCAAUACUCGAACAAAUGGUUCUCAUUCAAAGUAUAGACAAAAGAGAACCGCUUCAAGAGAAGAAUAUCAUUUAACUCCAAAAGAUGGUCUACUUCGAAGCUCCACAGUACUUUUAAAUGGAAAUCCAUUGGAAACUACAAAAGAGGGAGACAUACCAAAUCUUGUACCUGUCUACCGUCAGAGCAACUCUUACAUACAUAUUGCUAGUUGGUCCAUUGCUUUCGUUGUCAUUCCUGACUUUGUAACACCAGCCUGCAAGUGAUU